ACAUGGUUUUGACAGUUUGUCUGAUGUAUGGUUGUGGUUACAGACAACUACAAGGAGUUGAUGGGAAAAAAAGAAGCCUUCCUCAAGGAUGAGGACAUCUGGCACAUGGCAGUUGCAAGGAGAAGGACCACACCUUGUAGCACAACACAUGAUGGAAGCAAACCAAAGAAAAAAAGAAUUACUGCAACUUCCAGUCUCACUUCAGAUGAAGAUGAAACACAGAUUGACCCAUCACAAGUUCUUCAAACAAAUAAGCCGAAGAUGACAAAGGCUGCAAGAGACAGAGCCCUUUCCCAACUGAAAUCCUCGCUGCUGAGAAGAAAUCCAACAACCUCCACCCCCUUGACAAGUGAAGACGAUACAGACAUAGACACCAAUGUGGACUUAUUUGACCCACCUCAGGCUUCGGGAUCAACUGACCUCUGCCAAGGGGAAAGUGAAGAGGAGAGUGUCCUGAUGGAUCAGCCCAGAUCCAGUGUUGACAUGCAACAGGAAGUGAUGGAUGCUCUGAAAGAAAUACCAGCCUUAGUCAAGUGUGUCAGAGAUCUUAUUACAACCAUGAAGAGAAUGCCACCUGUCAUGGACACUGACAGUACAAGUUCUGGUUCUUCCAGUCCAGCUCCAGAAAUGAUUUCCCUGGGCAACACGGGGGUGCAGGUCAGCAAAAUCUGUUUCCAAAGACUAAACUGA